CAGCCACACAGCGUUUGGUAUUUUGUGUUGUCGAAUUGGAUAUAAGUCUGCUUAUUUCGUUUAUUAUUUAUACGAGUUAAACACAUUUGCAUUUGUUAAUGGCUAAGCAACCCUAUCUGUUUGCACAUGUAAUAAGAGUAAUACCCGUAUUUAUCACACUAGACGUAGUCUAAUGAAAUUCUGCUAAGAAACCGGUAUGUAAUAAGAAAGUAAACACCGGCCGAAUCGCAUAGCCAAGUGACCGACAGAAAACGGUACAUCCCCAAAAUAUACAAAUAACUAUCCGAGGCCUGUAACAAAGGCAGCAGAGUCUGCCACGUCAGCAUUAAAAACACUCGGAAGGAGCAAUCCACAGCCGAAUAACUUAAAUCUGUAAUUUUAUUGCAUUUGUAGUUGAGUGAUCGUCAAUUCAGUUUCCGAUUUGCAAUCGGGAAGUGCACAAGUAGCAAAAAAAUCAGAUUUGAAAUAUGUCCGCAAAUAAUGAAGAUGACAAAGUCGAGGCACGAAGCUACCAACUGCGCCUUGUGGAAUACAUUACUAAACGAAAUGGUAUUAUUUAUUUGCCCACUGGCUCGGGCAAGACCUACGUGGCCAUCCUGGCCAUCAAGCGUUUCUCCCAAAACAUGGACAAAUCGAUCGAAGAGGGCGGUCAGCGUGCUUUAUUCCUUUGCAACACCGUUGAGUUGGCUCGACAGCAAGCUAUCUGUGUGCGAAAGCUUACGAACUUCAAAGUCGGAUUCUAUGUCGGCGAACAGGGCACGGAUAGUUGGAAAAAAAACAAAUGGGAUGAGGAAAUACAUAAUAAUCAAGUACUGGUGGCCACAGCUCAGGUGAUACUCGAUUUAAUUAGCGAAAAUUUCAUGUCACUGAGUUCGGUGAGCAUUGUGAUUAUAGACGAAUGCCAUCAUGGCACUGGCAAGCACCCAUAUCAUGAGUUUAUGAAACUUGUCCAAAUGAAAAUGGAAUCAGGUUUCAAAAAGUUGCCCCGAGUCGUUGGACUGACCGGCGUCCUGAUUAAAGGCAACGAAAUCAAGGAUGUGUCCAAGAAGUUGAGAACACUCGAAACCACAUAUUGUGGCAAUAUAAUCACCGUCUCUGACACCAAAGAAUUGGAGAACGUAAUGCUUUACUCGACAAAACCGAAAGAAUACCUAAUUACAUAUGACUCCAAAAUGCACCAGUUUGAAAAAAUUGAAGAAAUGAGGCAACGCAUCUUAAAAUACUUUACGGUACUGGAUCUCCAAGAGAUUGGGCAUCAGCCGGUGCGCAUGUCGAAGGGAAUGCGAAUGCAGCGUGAUCCGAAUAAGAAGAGCGCCAUUAAGCAAAUGCUUAAUGACUUUCUAUUCCAAGUAGAUAACUAUGGCAUCUAUGCGGGAUCCAUAGCAAUCGUCUCCGUGUUAGUCGACUUCGAAAUUAAGCGGCGACAGGCUGAGACACUGAGCUUGCGGAAUAUGUAUCGCUCAGCUAUCACGCUCUGCGAGAGCGUGCGUCAUACGCUGGUUUCCAAGAUGCGCGACAUGUUGGACGAUGAUGAGAUGUCUGACGACAUGCUCAAUACAGAGGAUGUGAUCAUGAACUUCUCCACGCCGAGAGUGCAAUUAUUUUUGCAGUAUCUGAAGCAAACCUUUGCCAACAAGCAGCCCAAAGACAUUUGCUGUCUGGUCUUCGUGGAACGUCGCUAUACAUGUAAAUGUAUCUAUGGACUGCUACUUAACUAUAUCGCAGCCACUCCAGAGUUACGAAAUGUAAUUAGUCCACAAUUUAUAGUUGGACGUAAUAGUAUCUUCCACGAUUUCGACAACAUUCUCGAAAGACGCUGGGGGAAAACGGCCAUUCAAGAAUUUCGUAAUGGUGAGGCAAACUUGAUGAUAUGCUCGAGCGUCCUAGAGGAAGGCAUAGAUGUACAGGCCUGCAACUAUGUGAUCAUAUUGGAUCCGAUAAAGACGUUUAACAUGUAUGUGCAGACCAAAGGGCGUGCACGCUCAAAGGAAGCAUCAUUCAUUAUCAUCACGUCUGAUCAGGAAAAGCAAAAGACAACGACGCAGAUACUACAGUAUCGGAAGGCCCACGCCGACAUCGGGGAAUAUCUAAAAGAUCGUGUACUAGAGCGUGCAGAUCCCCAAAUGGACGAAAUCAACGAGCACUUCCAGGAAGAUAUUCCGCCGUUCAUCAGUGCAAAGGGUGCCGUACUGCUGGCUAGCAGCGCCCUGUCCCUAGUGCAUCGCUACUGCCAGCAAAUGCCAUCUGAUGCCUUUGGCAUUGUCCUGCCUUGGUUCAAGCUGCUCGAUCCACCGGAAAGCCAAAAAUUGAGCAAAGAUUGUCGUAAAUGUAUUGUAUCCAUCACUCUGCCGUUGAACUCAACGUUACGCGAAACACUCUACGGCGACCCCAUGUCUUGUUCACAUUUAGCCAAGGUCUCGGCGGCAUUUAAAGCCUGUGUCAAACUCUACCAAUUAGGGGAACUGAACGAGCGCUUUUUGCCCACAACAGUAAAUGAACGCGUUGCCGAGAUCGCCAAUAUUCACUUCGAGCAUUGGAAGAAGUACGGCGACAAUGUCACCUCUAACCGUAGAGAUCGUGAAGAGACCAACAGCAGCCUGAAAACCUAUGCCAUCAAAUAUCCAGAGGAGUUGAACGACGCGAUGCCGCAGGUGGGAACGGAAUGCUAUGCAUAUGAGGUUACUAUGGAGGCACACUACGAUCGCAACGACUAUACGAGUCACAUCUACGAUUCACUGCAGACGCGCCGCAACUAUGCUCUGCUGCUGAGGAAACGAUUGCCGCGCUUGGCCGAGAUGCCGCUAUUCAACCAUCAGGGCAAGAUGCACGUGCAUGUGGCCGAAGAGCCAUCAAAGGUGGUCAUACAGACCGAGGAGCAGUUGGAACAGCUUCAGCAUUUUCAUGUAAUGAUCUUUCGCGAUAUCCUGCGUAUUUGGCAGCCCUUCUUUGUGCUCGAUCGCCAUAGUAAUGAGAACUGUUUCCUUGUGGUGCCUCUGUCAGCGACGCCUGGCGUUGGCAUCGAUUGGCCACUGGUGGAGCACUUCCAACGGCUGCCAAAGGCACAAGCCAGAAGCCUCGCAGAGCGCCACCAAAUGCCGCCACCGAAUCCACAGGACUAUGUGGGCACAGUUGUAACGCAAUGGUAUGCCAACUAUGAUGAGAAACGUAUGAUGGUUACUAAGGUGCACACGGAUCUGUCGCCCUUAAGCAUGAUGGAGGAAAAACAGCAGGGCAAGAGCUACUAUGAAUUCACUAUGGCAAAGUAUCGGAACUACAUAGGCGAUGUGGUCCACAAGCAGCAGUUCCUACUCGAGGUACGCGAGCUGUCCGAUCAGCUGAAUUUCUAUGUUCAGCAAAGGGUCAAAUCCUCGGCACAGAGCAAAGCGCGUGCCAAAGUGAUGCUUAUCCCUGAGCUGUGCUUUAAUUUCGGCUUUCCCGGAGAUCUGUGGGUGAAGCUGCUCUUCCUGCCUAGCAUAUUGCGACGGUUGCACUUCAUGCUGCAUGCUGAGACGCUGCGCGUUCGAAUUAAUGAAUACCUCGGACUGGACAAGAUGCCACAGAACGGAGUGGAUUAUAGGCCGCGAGCAUUGGAGAUUGAUUGGUCGCUGCGCCGCAAUGUUGAUCACCAGGGCAAUGCGAUGCAUGCCGAUGAUUGCGAAGAGCCGCGUCCGCUGCUCGAGCCGUUGCCUACCAAAGGAGUAGAGAAGGCAAUGGAAAGGCUGAAUAUAACCGAUCUAGAGGUACCCUGGCAGCAGUAUAUGGAACCGCGCGAUAUUGAUCGCAACGUCAUGACUACCUAUCCCGUGGAGCUUUCAUAUUUCUUCAAUUUCACCAGGGGAAAGAAUAACUGUUUCGAUAAGAUGGAAGACGACGACAAGGAGCUCUGGACCCAGAGGCAGUUUAAAAUGUCCGAGGGCAACAUAUACAGCUGUCAAGCACGUUCAAAUAAGCUGCCCGCCCUAAUGCCCGCCAGCAUGGAUAAUGGCAAACGUGUCGAGCAGGUAGUGUUAUCUGUGCUGCAGCACAGCAUUUCCAAUGAGCAUAUAACUCCGGCGGAGCAGGGCGAAUACCUGGCAGCCAUCACGUAUGCGGGCAGUGUCGACGUCUUCGAUAUGGAGCGAUUCGAGCUGCUCGGCGAUUGCUUUCUCAAGCUAAGCGCCACUCUCUAUUUGGCCAACAAGUAUCCCGACUGGAAUGAGGGCAUUCUAACGCAGGUGAAGUCGACGCUGGUCUCUAAUCGAAAUCUUUUGUACUGCCUCAGCGAUACGGACAUACCCCAUCGCAUCUGCAGCACCCUCUUCACGCCAAAAUACACUUGGCUGCCGCCUUGUGUGGCCUUGCCACAGAAUGUGAAGGAGCUUUGGAAGGAGAAUCCGUGCUUGGCAGCGCUGGUGGGACCACACAAUUUGCGAAAUUUGUCCAUCAGCGAGGAGGAGCUGUUCGGUGAUGGCAAUUGCGGAAAGCAAUCACUUAGUAACUUUAUCAGCGGCUGUCAAUCCAAUCAGCAUUCUCAUCAUGCGGGCACGGACUUUAGCAGCGAAAUCAACUUUUGCUUGGGCCAGGUGCAGAUGCCCAAUAAACUGAUCGCCGACACGUUGGAGGCGAUAUUGGGCGUGGUUGUGAAGAAUUAUGGACUGCAUCACGGCUUCCGUAUGCUGGAAUAUUUUGGCAUUUGCAAGCCGGACAUUGGCAAACCGCUCACCCAGUUGCUAGACCUUAAACUAGGUGGCUCCCGCAUGCGCACCAAUAUAUCGCAGCGCGAAGUGGAUGGUUUCUUGAUAAAUCAUCAAUUUUUGGAGCAAAAUUUGGGUUAUACUUUCCGCGAUCGAGCCUAUCUGCUGCAAGCGCUGACACAUCCCUCAAAUCCAACAAACCGUUUGACGGGUUGCUACCAGGAACUUGAGUUUAUAGGCGAUGCCAUAUUGGAUUUCCUCAUCUCAGCUUACAUAUUUGAACACAAAACUCGCAUGACACCUGGUCAGUUAACGGAUUUGCGCUCGGCUCUGGUUAAUAACACGACUCUGGCUUGCAUUUGUGUGCGUCAUCGAUUCCAUUUCUUUAUUCUGGCAGAGAAUGCACUGCUUUCGGAAUCCAUUCAGAGUUUUGUGCAGUUCCAGGAGACGCAGCACCACCGCGUUACUAACCAUGUGCGUAUUCUCAUGGAGGAAAAGGAUGUGCAGCCGGAGCCUCUCGACUCCGAUGACGAAUUGGAAAUGGCCGAGCUGGCGGCCAAGCAACCAAAGCAAACAAUUAAAGACGCCAAUUCCCCGCAAGAAGGCGAAUUUAACAUUUCGCAUAACGUGGAGGUGCCCAAGGCCCUGGGUGAUGUGCUGGAAGCGCUUAUCGCCGCCGUUUAUCUAGACUGCCGGGAUUUGAACACCACCUGGCAAGUGGUCUACAAAAUGUUUGAGCCCGAGCUACUCGAAUUCUCCCGUAAUGUGCCACUCAAUCCAAUCCGUCAGCUUUUUGAGCACAAGCUAGCAAAGCCCACCUUUAGCUCGCCUGUCAUGGACAAUAACCUUGUGAUGGUCACCUGCCAAUUCAUCUGCAUGGACAAGACCAUGAAGGUCUAUGGCUUUGGCAGCAAUGGCAAGCAGGCCAAGCUCUCAGCUGCGAAGCAUGCACUCCAAAAACUGGCCAAAUGCGAUGUAUAGGUCUUUAUUUUUAAAUUUUCAUUUGCAUUUUUACUUUGCUCUCCAUUUUUUAUAACUUUGAG